UAACAGUCCACUGAAGAGUGCACACGCCUUUUUAAUUAAAACACAAUAUUCCAAUCAGUUGGGUGCGUAAUAAAGAAGACGAACCUCGCAAUCUCGGGCAUGUAAGACAUCUCUACUCCUAUGGGAGACUAAUGUGCAGUUUUUGUGAUCAUCCUGCGUGCAAUUUCCGUGUGAUAAGAUCCCAAUCUUCUUGAGGAAUUUUGUGUCGUUGAUUUAUCUUGUUUUUUUUGUAUCGUGGUGCAUGUGUGCGUUUACAUGUUUUUAGUCGCCAGAUGUGUUGUCCCCGCGAAUCUUGGUGCAGGUGAUGACUUCACCAAGAUUCUAUCCAACUUCCUGUGAUUGUGCACCACUCCAAUCCACCCCUAUGUGUACUGUAUAGCAGAAGCCAUCAUCCCAUACCCACCACAAAAGGAACCAUCAGGAAGGAUGGACGUGGAAUCGGAUGAGUCUGAGCUAUGGGAGGAUUUUUUUGGGAGCUCUACGGACUUGGCGCCAUCGGUGAUCGGUCACUAUGAUCGUCUGUCCACGGAGAUAUCGAUUGGUGUGGUGAUUCCGGAUGGUCAGACGACACUAAAGUACCCAGAGAAGCCCAGAAAGCCACCAUCGUUGCAAGCACGUCGACCGCCGCAGCUUCAGCUACCGAAUGCUGUUGCCCCGCGCAAACAAUUCCGGAUUCUUUCACCAACCGUCCAGCGCCUAAUUGCAUCCCAUGGGAAUGAAUCUUCGGGGGAUAAGGUGAAGUUGCGAAAGCCAGUGCCGCCACAGAAGCCAAUUUUUCGGCAUAGUCAGCUGCAGAUUCCCCUCUCGCGGAAUACAUGCAAGCUCUCCGCUCAGUCCGGCAGUGAGCUCGUGGACACGUACGAGUCCUCGAGGCAGGCCGUUGAGGAGGCUGAAGAGCAGGAACGACACCGAAGGAGUCUCUCAUCGUCAGCUGAGGAACUUAAAACACCAACAAAUGAAGAAAAAUUCGACUACAACCCAGGAAGUCAAGAAGUCCAGAUUUUAAGGAGAGAAGAAAUUAAAGCUGUGAGUCCUGAAAGUGAAAAAGUUGUGAAAUCAGGAAGUGAAGAGGCUCAGAGUCCUCAAAGUGAAGAAGCUGUAAGUCCAGGGAGAGUUAAGAGUCUCAUUCAGCGACUUCAGCAGAGUCCAUCGAUUGAUAGUCAAGAAGUAUUUGGGGAGAGUGAUGAGAAGACAAUGAAGACACCCCAAACGGAAACGUGCAAUUUCUUCGUGAAACUCCCACCGGAAGUGCAGGAUGAGAUAGACAAGUGUCGAGCAUCAUCAAUGCCAAGGAGUUCACCAACAGACACAAAAGCAACUUAUGCGAGAACAAAACUUCUCGCUAAUAGACCUCUUCCUGGAUCACCCAAACUCACAGAGAAGAAGAGCCAGGAAGAAGGGAAGGCCACGAGACCCCUUUCGGGUUCAUCAAUGUACUCACUCUCGUCGACGUCAUCGAGUUCGGGCGAAGAGUUGCAGGCUGUGAAAUUGGGUACAGCAACAUCGUACUUGGCCAGUGUGGAGAGUUUAGCUGAUCACAGUGACACAGAUGGAAUUUUGGCAUUUGGAAGUGGUCUUACGAUGGCUGAGAGAGCAGCAAUGGAGAUCAUUGAUUCGGAGCGAUGCUACGUUGAGGAUCUGGGGCAGGUGAUUCGGGGUUACUUGGAAGACUGGAAGGAGCGUGCAUGCCUUCGACUCGAUGAUCUCACCAUCCUCUUCAGCAACAUCCGUGAAAUCUAUGAAUUCAACAGUGUGCUCUUGGAUAAGCUAACAACGGCAGGAAGGGAUCCCGUGGGGAUUGCCAAGUGCUUCAUUGAGUUGAGUGAUCGAUUCUCAGUGUACACAACGUACUGUACGAGCUACCCGCACGCCAUCUCUCUCCUCACGACCUUGCUCCAGGCCAGCCACACCAAUGCCCUGCUGACGUCGACGCAGAAGUUGCUGCAGCACAAUUUGCCGUUGGGAUCGUAUCUGCUGAAGCCAGUUCAGCGGAUACUCAAGUACCAUCUUCUGCUCGAUAACCUACGGAAGCACUGCGAUGUGGCUGAGGUGGCUCAAGCCCAUGAGCUGAUGCGGGAAGUGGCGAGGAAUAUUGAUCAAGUUAAGAGGAAUCUGGAGCAACAGAGCCGCGUGAAGGAACUUUCGGGUAUACUCGAUGGGUGGUUGGGGCCAGAGCUUCAAGUUCUUGGCGAACUACGACAGGAGGGGAUGCUGAUGGAGAAUAGCAAACCACGGGCUGUUUUUCUCUUUGAAACAAUGUUAAUCAUCACGAAGCCAAAGGAGGACAACAGAUUGCAAUUUAAGACGUACAUAAAGAGGCAAGAUAUAAUGCUCGUGGAACAUCUCCCUGGUGAACCGACGAGUUUCAAUGUGAUCCCAGUGAAUGAUCCUCGCCAUCAGAUUAAACUGACGGCGAAGAAUCGCGAACAGAAGCGCCUCUGGGCGCAGCACAUUAAAUCCGUAAUGCUGGAAGACUUGGACAUACCCAAUAGGGCCAAGGAGCUCGUCUUCAAAUUGGGCGACGAAGAAGAUCGGACGCCCGACAAGGGGGUGGCACGCAAGUGGAGUCAAUCAGCGACGCCGGAGUAUCUGGAGAGGCGAAAUCAGUACAGACGCAGCGAGAUGCGCUACCGUUCGAAGAAGGCACGCAAAAAUAUGACCAGCAGCACAUCAAUGGAGAGUUUUGGGAGUAAAUCCCGCGACGUGGAUGCACCACGAAGGGUACAGUCGAAGGAUUCCCUGCUGGCAGCUAAGAAACACUGUGAUCAUCGCGAUGAGAACUGCUCGUGUGCCGUUGUAAAGGAUGAACUGCAGGAGACACUGAAGGGACGCGAAAGGAGUCAAUCGGUCGAUAAAUUGCCCACGGUGGAGAAGAAUGAUGUGGGUAUGACGAGACAGAAGAAGUAUUCAACACUCGAUGGAGGGAGGAAACAGACUGCAGUACCACCGGUUGAGAUUAAGGUCUACACAACAAAGACACUUCCAAUGCGAAUAGCUAAUAUAAAGAAGAACAAGGCAAAAGCAGCCAAAGAGACAAGUCGCUUCUACUGUGCCCUUGAUACUGAUGAAUCAACAGAGUUGAGGAUUACGGAAUCAACGGAAAAUCUUCCACAGGCUACAACGGAGAAAGCAUCUUCGGAGGAACCUUCCAAGGAGACUUCGUCUAAGAAUGAUGCAGACAUUAUAACAGAUCUCCUGAAGGAUAGUGAAGAGUACAAGAGACUGAUGAAAGUCAAAUUGAACAAGCAGAAAAGUCUCGAUCUGAAGGAUUCAGCAGAGGUUACGGAUUCACCGCUUUCAUCAUCAGCAGCUCCCUCUUCAUCCUCGUCAACGUCAUCCAUUGAGAAGGCCGUCAAACCCACCGAAGAUCCCAUAAAGAGUCAAGCUGAAAAGAUGCUGGAUCGUCUGAAGAGCAUUGAACAGGAUAUAAAGACACCCGAACCAAUCUACGAAUCCCUCCUGCGCAAUGUUCACGUACCCUACAAAUCCCCAAUUGGUCUCAAUCGUUCUGUAAGUCAGAACUACACGGCAAAGAAGAAGCCCACACGUCCAGAUUCAGACUACGUAACACUCGUCUAUGCAGGAGGAGAGCUGAAGAGUGUUGAUGGGUACCUUCUGACAACAAUUCAGCAGUCUGAGCUGUCUCAGCUGCGUAACAGUGAUUCCAACAUUAACUACAACAAAAUUGAAGGCAGCAAACCCGAGGAAAUUCACGAAGUCGACGGGGAGGAUGAAGAAAGUACAAAGAAUGGUGGAAAUUUUGAGAGACGCGGCAGCCUCAGAGCAUCCAAGGGGACGUUCCUGCAGAGAUUUAUGAGUGUUCGACUGGAUGAUCAGAUGGAUUCAACGAGUUCAAUUCCCAAAUGCGUGAAGAAGAGCGAAUUCAUGAGUUCUCAGUGCUUCAUCCACAAGCAAGGGAGUGAGAGUUUAGGUUCGAGAAUUGCUCAUGUUGACUACGCAGAUCCAAAGACACUGUUCAUCCCACAGCAGCAAGGAAGCGGGGAAUCCGUCAAGACGCAGAGGGAUUCAGUAUUCUCCCUAACUUCCUCCAAUGAUAGCGUCAAUGAUUCCAAGAGUCGGGCAAAGUGUCCAGAAAUAGGACAACCACCCGUUUCGCCAAACAUCGACGACGAAUGUUACUACGAGCAGAAAGUUGAGGCUUGCCUGGAGAAUGAUGGCUUCUUCAGGGAUUCAGCCGUCUACAGUGAUGACAACGAAAGACGCGGAGAUGGGGAUGAAAAGCCAACCCUCCGCUGCGUCGUGGCUGAACAGAAAAAGCAACUCUGUGAGGUCUCGGCACAAACAACACAGACAAUCACUGAAACCCACAAUGGCGUCACGACGACAACAACGAAGAACUGGGUAAUGCAGCAAAUAAAACAUUUUGAUAUAACGCACAACUAAGAAGGGUCCAAAAUUCUUCCACUUUUUUUGCUCAUGCAUAACUUAGUCCAUCUUUUUUUUUCUCGAAGAAAAAAAAAGAAAAAAAUCAAAAUCUUCUAGUUCUUAGUAGAUAGGAAAAAGAAAAAUGUUUUUAAAGGUAAUUUUUAGCUAAUUAAAUAUAUUAUUAAAAAAUAAAAGAAACUAACACAAAAAUCACGAGCUUAGCUUGUAACAUCUCUACAUUAAUCUAUUAAUAAUAUUAUUUUAUCUAUUUUAGUAGAAACAAAGUAUUCUACGAGGUAAAUUUAAAGAAAAAAAAAGAAAAUUUUAGCUUGUCUUUUAUAUUGUGGAUGCCAUAAUGAAAAAAUCUAGUGUUAAUACUUGUAAUGCAAUGAUGAUGAGUAAAGUGUUUGAGAAAAAAAAA